AUGUCAAGCUCGAUGGAGCCUCGGCCACUCACGUCGGCCUUUGAAAGUCCGACGUUCGAUGAGGACAGUUCCUUUCAUGUGGAACAGCCGGUUGGUUCCAUGUCCAUAUCUCCCUGUGGACGUGAUGUAGUCCUGGCAUCCAAGGAGGGUCUCCAUGUCAUCGACCUGGAUUCUCCGUAUUCUCCACCGCGAUAUCUUCCUCACCACACUCCCUGGGAGGUCGCUGAUGUGCAAUGGUCGCCCUUUGCUUCGCGUGACUACUGGGUGGUCAGCACUUCCAAUCAAAAGGCUCUGGUCUGGAAUCUGGCCACGAAAACAUGGCAAAAUUCAAUCCAAUAUGUCUUGCAUGCUCACUCACGAGCCAUUACCGACAUCAAUUGGUCCGCCUUCCAUCCCGACGUUCUGGCCACUUGCGCGGUCGACAGCUUUGUUCAUUGCUGGGAUUUACGCACUCCUUCUAGGCCUGUCAUUUCCUUUUCGGACUGGUUUACUGGCGCCACGCAAGUCAAAUGGAAUCGACAGGAUCCGCAUGUGAUUGCAAGCUCGCACGAUCGUUAUCUGCGCAUCUGGGAUGACAGAAUGGGCGCCUACCCGAUCAAAUCGAUCGAAGCUCACGACACCAAGAUCUACGGUGUGGAUUGGAACCGCGUAAGGCGAGGCGCUCUUGCCACAUGCUCGUUGGACAAGACCAUCAAAUUCUGGGAUUACACGACAGAUACGGAAGUUCCAGAGAAGUUGAUUCGUACGCCAUUUCCGGUGUGGCGAGCUCGGAAUACACCCUUUGGAUGGGGAGUACUAGCGAUGCCGCAAAGAGGCAACAGUGACCUGCACCUCUACAGCCGACGAGCAGGCGAGGGGAGCAACCCGGAGGAUGAUCUGCCUCUUGUCCACAGCUUCCCAGGGCACAAGGGCCAAGUGAAGGAGUUUCUGUGGCGCCCACGUGGAGGUGUCGUGGACGGUGUCGACAAUCGGGAGUUUCAACUUGUCACUUGGGGAACCGACCGCGAGCUGCGUCUGCACAGAGUAGACCCCGAAAUCCUGUCUCGGGUCGGGUAUGAAAAAGGAAAGUCCUUUAUAUCAACGCGCCAUGUGACACGUUUAGGUGCGGUUUAUCGAAGCUUCAGGGACGUCAACUCAGAUUUGGAUGUUGAAGAAACUGAUUGUGUUUCUUCAGUCAGUCCAAAUCAUGCGAGUACUCCGUAUCCCGGUAGUCCGGGAAUGAACGCCAUCUCGGUCUCACAUGCCAGGCCGUGGUCGCAUAACCCGGUAGACACUCGCAUGGGGAUGCAGCCGCGUUCAAACUUGCGUGCUGACACUAACCCGAUCGCGUGGAUGCGCGGGGUGAAGAUUUCCGGCUGGGACAUUGAGACGCUGGGCGAUGAAAUCAGCCACGUAGGGGAGAAAUUCACCAAAGUUGCAUUUGAGUCGGUUGACGUACGACAGAGAAAGAUUUCGAUAUCGCUGAACGGUCCCUGGGGCGGGGAUGGUUCAUCUCUCUUUCUCAAGGUUGACAUCAAGUUCCCCGUCAGCUAUCCGAAGACAGCCAUUCCCACGUUCAACUUUCAAAAGACGGCGGCUGUGACAGAUGAGCUGUCUCAGAAGCUCAGAGGAGAUUUAAGAACAAUAGCCGAGACUUUCAUGUCCAAGAAACGGGGCUGCUUGGAAGGUGCCGUGCGCUAUCUCCUGGGCGAGAGCAGUCUCGAGGAUAGUAUCGCCUGGAUUUUGGGCGAGACGGGUGAAAAUGUCAAAUCACCCGUCGGCGGCGAGCUGGAGGGGGAAUCCAGCGAUGAAGACGAAGUGGGUAUGACUCAAAGUCAAGAAUUAGGGAUGAGCUCGGAUAUGCUUCGACCCGUCAACGCCAAUGUGAUGGUGCCUGUGGCCAAGGCCUGCGGCGCAUUGUGGGCCAACGAUGGCCGCCUCGUCUGCUUCUUCCCUCCCAAAAAGGACAAAUCGAUCGAGCUGUUUGAAAGCAUCGGGUUCAAAGAAAUGAGCCGCCUAUCCAGAUCAGACAAGGUUUUUGAAGGCUUUGGGAGGUUGCAGACGAGCUCCCCGGGCCCGCGCGUGACAGGCACCGUGGCGAGCACUGACGAUGGUGCAUCGGACUACUCUGACGACUCAUACUCCGAGACCUCGAGCUCUUCGGGAUCAUCGGAUAUCAUUUCAGGUUUACCGGCGCGCUUUCAAGAAUCUCAAACCUGGCGCAGCGCCGGUAGCACGGGGGUUUAUAGACCAAGGUCGACGGACAAUUCUCAGCGAUCGAUUGGAGGGGUCGUCGCAACCAAAGCAUCCGAGAACCCUCGAAAUGUGGUUUCGAUUCACGAUCUCAACGAUCUGUUGCCUGUGAAGCGGGAGCUGGCCAGCAAGUAUCGGGUUUGCGGCCAAGGAACAGACGCAUGUGCCCACAAUGCUGCCGUUGCCUUGGAUGCUGGAUGCUUCGAGUUGGCUCAGAUCUGGGGUCUUGUGAAACUGGUAUUGCAGGCUCACCAGACGCAGCUGUCGUCGGGAGACAUGCCAGUGGGAUCAGCCCGGCUACUAAAGGGCGCUGAUGGAGUUUUGGCCACGCCUUUAUCCGAGAAAGGCAAGCUAUACAGAGAGGUCGCGGGCAGUGUGAUUCGAUGGGGCAAUCAUCCCAUGGGAAGCCACUGGCUGAUUCCUGCUCUAUUCGAUCAUUUUGAACGCAUUGGGGAUGUUCAAAUGGUGGCCAUGCUUUCUUGUGUACUGCUCGGACCAAGUCAGCAAGCUGAAGCCCAGAAAAGAUCGGAGCCUCGCCUUGAAGAGCAAGCAGCAUUCUCGCUGGACUUUUCUUCGGUUGCUUCCACCAUACAAAACAUCAAGUCUGUAGCUGCUACUCCGGCUUCAUCGUUCCCUCGCGAGUCCCAACACCUCCAACACCUUGCGCCUCAACCGUCGGCGCGUUCCUCCGGUGAGACUUGGCGAUUGGAGUCCACUCCUCCUUUCUCGACCGGGACCACCCCACCCAUGACAUCUCGCCCACAAGGUAUCUCGAGUGACCGAAAGGCUCCGAGUCACAACGUUUCCAUUGCAGCCUCCCCUGAACAGCAAUCCCAGCCACGAAGCGGGUCCGGCUUUGGGUCCGCACUCGCGUCAUCGUUCUCGCGCUCAUUCACCUUUGGGCCAUCCUCCACAUCUCCGCCUACCAGUACUUUCAGCAAGAAGAAGUCAAUCAUUCGGCAGAGUUCUGGCGUGACUAGUGCACCGGCGGCAUCGUCCGAGACUGACAGCGAACGCCCACCUCAACGAGUGAAGCCCGCCGUCCGCUCCAAGGUCACGCUCAAGAAUCAAACUGCGUUUGAUAGUCAUGCUCACGCUGCCUCGGAAUCUUUACUGGAUCGAAACAAGUUUCAGUUGUACCAUUCGUACCGCGCUGCGUAUGCUGAACUCCUAUCGACAUGGGGGUUGCACCUGCAGCGGAGUGAGAUGUUGAAAAUCGGGGCGAUCUUUUCUGCCCUGGAGGAUGAUCCGAAAAACAGCCGUUAUCACAGCGCCCAACAGCCCACUCCGACUCCUUCCCUGCCCGAGGUGACCCCGACUGAACAAUUGCCGCAGGCGCUCCAGGGCCUGGAUCUCCAGCGCCACUGUACGAACUGCGGUCAUGCUCAAAAAUCUUCCAUUUUUGCUCCUUCCAUCAUGCCCGAGACACCCAAUAAGCGAUCCCGUCGAGCGAAGAAGACUCUCUUGAAAUGCUCCAAUUGCAAACCUCGCUAUCCGCUUCCCACUCGGACUUCUUGCGUCAUUUGCGGUGAAGUCCCCGACACGAUGCUGGUGCCGUGUUUGGGCUGUGGCCACGCGAGCUGCUUCCCUUGCCACCGUCGCUGGUUCUCCAGCCCAAUCAAUCGGCGCGGGAAUCCCACACCAUCACCCUUAGCUUCACUCACGCUUCCCACGUGCCCUCGCGGUUGCGGCUGCCAGUGUUCCGAUUUUGUGAUGGUCCAAGCGCCCAUGCCCGUGUGCGACCCUCCCACGACAUCUCGAGUGCAUUCAGAUGGCCCGGAAGUUGAGGCGGCUCAACGGCGCCUGGCGAUGCGGGAGAAGGCGCAUCGGCGUCGUCAAUCAGAACCCUUAUCUGGCCGCGAAUCCAGCGGUCGCAACUCCCCCGUUGCCAAGGGUGGUGCCAUCCAGCCGCAGGUUGAUCUGGAUGUGUGGCAGGAAUCCUCGCCCUUUGCAUCUCUCGCCAGGGGCAUGGGCGGUGGGUUGAGUCAAGGCUUGCGAUCCAAGGACGAUCGCAAGAAGAAUCGGUCGGUUGCCAUUGCGGCGCCCAAGAGUCGAGGGAAAUGA